AUGAGUGAUCGCGACUCCGCCAUCACCCCUACCGAGGAGAAGCCACGCUCCAUCGAGUCCGACGACAAGAAGCUCUCCGACGACGGCAAGCAUGAACUCAACCACCUCGACCAGCUCCACGUAGCCACCCGCUCCGUCGUCUCCACCGAGGGUGUCAUCGAUGCCGCAGAACUCGACCGCGUUCUCGACGAGGCCGCCAUCGAGGCUGCAGGCCAGGGCGAGAGCAACUCUCUCUACCUCUGGGGCCUCACCUUCUUCGCCACCAUCGGCGGUCUCCUCUUUGGCUACGACACCGGCGCCAUCUCCACCGUCCUCGUUCAGGUCGGCACCGAUCUCGAUGGCCAGCCCCUCACCGACGGCAACAAGGAGUUCAUCACCUCGGCACUCACCGUCGGCGCCAUCAUCUCCGCCCUCGGCGCCGGAAUCGUCGCGGACAAGAUCGGCCGAAAGUGGACCCUCGUCAUCUGCGACAUCCUCUUCAUCGUCGGCGCCGUCGUUCAGGCCGCUGCCCAUGAAAAGUGGACCGUCAUUGGUGGCCGCUUCGUGAUGGGAUUCGGGGUCGGAGCAGCUGCCCAGAUCGUACCGGUGUACAUUCAAGAACUCGCUCCCGCCCGUGCUCGUGGUCGUCUCACCUGCCUCAACUCGAUCGCUGUGACUGGUGGUCAGGUUAUUGCGUACGCCAUCGGCGCUGCCUUUAACAACGUCUCGUCCGGCUGGCGUUGGAUUAUCGCUCUCGGCGCCUUCCCCCCCAUCGUCCAGAUCGUCGGCAUCCACUUCUUCAUGUCCGAGUCGCCUCGAUACCUCGUCAAGCAGAACAAGGACGCCGAAGCCACUCGUGCACUCGCGCGAAUUUACCCGCUCGCCACGCCAGAACAAAUUGACGCAAAAGUUGGCGUUCUGAAAAAACAUAUUCAGACCGAGAACACCCCCCUCUCUCACCGCAUUGCCAAGGUCUGGACCGACGUCCCUACUCGCCGAGCCGUCUUUCUGACGAGCAUGACCCUCGUUGCUCAGCAGCUGUGCGGUUUCAACAGCUUAAUGUACUUCUCUAGUAGUCUCUUCAAGAGCGCCGGUCUCAAGAAUCCAACCGCCACCGGUCUCGUCAUCAGCGGCGCCAACUUUAUCUUCACGUUUAUCCCGCUCAAGUACAUCGACCGCUUCGGCCGACGUCGCUUCCUGCUGGCCACGAUGCCCUGCGUCAUUAUCUUCCUUAUCUGCACCGCCGGCAUCUUCCACAAGAUGCUCGAGCCCACCAACCAGCAUCUCACCGAGGGCUACCCGUACCCCACCUCGCAAACUUCGGCCAUGCUCGUAUUCAUGGUCUUCUACGUCGCCUCGUACGCAACCGGUCUCGGCAACGUCCCCUGGCAGCAGGGCGAGUUCUUCUCCACCGAGACUCGCAUGAUCGGCACUUCGAUCUCCACCGCCGCAAACUGGUCGGGCAAUCUCGUCGUGUCUUCGACCUUCCUCAGCCUCAUGAACGCCAUCACGCCCUCGGGCGCGUUCGGAUUCUUCGCCGGAUUGACUUUCGUCUUCCUGGUCCUCAUCUACUUUCUCUACCCCGAGACUGCGCUGCUCUCCCUCGAGGAGGUACGCACCACCCUCGACGGCGGCUUCAACGUCAAGAAGAGUCUCAAGGUCCGCAAAGAGAAGAUCGCCCUCUGGAAGUCCCAGAAGGAGGCCGCUCGUGCCGAGACCAGCGCCUAG